AUGGCUAGCACUCAGGGUGUUAACGUCCUCCGCUACUCGGCUCUUGUUGCUGGUCUGGUCUACGGAGUCUACCACCAGUCGUCCCUUAACUCGUCGGCGAAGCGCACAGAGAUCGAGCACGAGUAUGCCCGCAAGGAGCGUCUGAUCGAGCAGGCCAAGGCCGAAUGGAAGAAGAAGACCCAGCCCAAGCAGGAGACCUCUACACAAUCUAGCGGACUUAUCACCAAUUUCGAGGACCCGAACUUCGAUCUGGAGGCAUUCUUGCUGGCCAAGGCUAAGGAGAACCCUUGA